CCUUCUUCCACUGAUCUACCGAUUGCAGCCUUGUGAAAAUUAGGGGUUUUUCUAGGAUUCAAAAUGGCAGCGCCGAGGCCAACGGGGAAUCAGGAUCUAUUCGAUGCGUAUUUCAGGAGAGCAGAUUUGGAUGGAGAUGGCCGUAUCAGUGGAGCCGAGGCUGUCGCUUUCUUCCAACGCUCCGGUUUGCAUAAGAACGUCCUUGCUCAGGUAUGGUCCCACGCAGAUGCAAAACAUGCGGGUUACCUUGGUCGAGAGGAGUUUUAUAAUGCUCUAAAGUUGGUUACUGUGGCGCAAAGUAGACGGGAAUUAACUCCUGCGAUAGUCGAAGCUGCAAUCCGUGGUCCUGCUUCUGCCAAUAUCCCUGCUCCCAACAUAAAUCUUGCUGCAACACCCUCUCCACAGCCUAGGGGAGCUGUGCCUGCUACACAAGCUCAGGGAGGGCCUCAAAUGGGUGGAACCGUAAGAACUAGUAACCAACAAGUAGGCCCGGGCCAGCAGAACCAAUUUACUGGGCCACCUCCAUCUCAACAACAGCAAAACUUUCAAAGCCAGGGUAUGCUAGCUGGAGGGACUAGUGCGCCUCGAACUGCAAACCAACCUAUGACAUCUGAUUGGCUCAGCGGCAGAAGUGUUGGGCCCUCUGGGCAAGUGAAUCCUCCAAUUCCUUCGAGUCAAAGUGGAUAUGGUUUGACAGCACCUAACUCAGUUGCCAGCAAUAUACCAAAACCGCAUAUUACACCUGCAGUAAUAAGCUCUACGACAGCCAGACCACAAGAAUCAGCGCCUGUGCAUAAGCCCCAUGAUUCAUCUGCUCCUUCAGGUACUCGUGCUCUAGAUGCUCCAUCCAAUCAAUUGGCAGCGAAGGAUCCCAAGGCACUGGCGGCAUCAGGAAACGGUUUUCCCUCUGACUCACAUUUCGGAGAUGUGUUUUCAGUUACUUCUACGCAGCCAAAAAUACAUACUGCGGGAACUACUUCGACAAUGGGCAGCUCAUCUGCUUCUGGUACACCUGGCUCUACUGUUGGAACUGGAAUUUCAGCUUCUAGUCAGUUGACCCAGCGUCAGUCGCAGCCCCAACCCCAAUACCAACCCCGACCCCAGCACCAUCCCCAACCUCAGCACCAACCCCGACCCCAGCACCAUCCCCAACCCCAGCACCAACCCCAGCACCAACCCCAACCCCAUGCCCAACCACAGCACCGCCCCCAUUCUCAUCCCCAGCACCAACCCUACCUCCAGUCCCAAGCCCCCUGGCCAAAAAUGACUCCAGCUGACGUCCAGAAAUAUACCAAGGUAUUUGUACAAGUUGACUCUGAUAGGGACGGAAAGAUCACUGGGCACCAGGCUCGGAAUCUGUUCUUAAGUUGGAAGCUCCCGCGAGAGGCUUUGAAGCAGGUAUGGGAGUUAUCUGAUCAAGACAAUGAUAGCAUGCUUUCCUUGAGAGAGUUCUGUAUUGCUGUCUAUCUGAUGGAGCGUUAUAGAGAGGGCCGACCUCUUCCCCCUGUGUUCCCAAGCACUAUAAUAUCUAGUGAGAGCAUGUUUACCUCUCCUGGUCAAUCUGUGGCACCACAUGGCAAUGCAUCCUGGGGACAUCCACAUGGUCAAGUUCAUGCGGCCUCGAGGCCACCAGCUAUUCCCAAAGGAAAGCCUCCAAGGCCGGGUCCUCUCUCUCCUAGUGAUGGAAUGGUCCAAGCCACUCAGCCAAAGCGUAAAAUGCCUGAGUUGGAAAAACAUCUGGUGGAUCAACUUAGCAAAGAGGAGCAAGAUGCGCUCAACUCAAAGUUUGAAGAAGCCACUGCUAUUGAUAAAAAGGCAUUCUCGUGUUUCUCUCUGAUUUUAGUGGACGAUCUUGAAAAGGAAAUAGCUGAUUCCAAGCAGAAAAUUGAGUUCUUCCAUGCUAAGAUGCAGGAACUUGUUUUAUACAAGAGCAGAUGUGAUAACCGGUAUAAUGAGAUUACGGAGAGAGUCUCGGGUGAUAAACGUGAGCUUGACUCUCUAGCAAAAAAAUACGAAGAGAAAUACAAGAAGUCUGGAAAUGUAGGAUCUAAAUUGACUAUUGAAGAGGCAACAUUCCGCGAUAUACAGGAAAAGAAAAUGGAACUGUACCAGGCCAUAGUCAAAUUUGAAGAAGGCAAGCUUGAUGAUAGUAUUGUUAAGGAGCGCACUGAACACAUCCAAUCGGGACUUGAGGAAUUGAUUAAAAAUUUGAAUGAGCGCUGCAAACAGUAUGGAGUACGUGGCAAACCCACUACUCUGGUGGAGCUUCCUUUUGGUUGGCAACCUGGAAUUCAAGAAAGUGCUGCUGAUUGGGAUGAAGAUUGGGAUAAGCUAGAGGAGGAAGGUUUUACCUUCGUCAAGGAGCUUACACUUGAUGUCCAAAAUGUUAUUGCGCCACCAAAGGAAAAAUCAUCUGCUUGGAAGAAAGAAGUUACUGUCUCUUCAAAUGAAGGUGAACACGUUUCAUCCUCAGAUGUUGAGUCUAAAACAGAGAAAAAGCCUAGCAGUGGAGAAGAGGCAUCUGAACAUUCAGACGGUAAAACAGAUAGAAACGGAUCUCUGGAUGACUCUAAUGUUAAAAAGGGUGUUCAAGCUGAUGGUUCACCUGGAACCAAAGAUACAACGAGUGAAAAUGGUCAUGAUGAUGGUGAAUCUACUGCUUCUGCUGGCAAAACUGUAAAUGAACCUAGUUAUGACUCUCACGAUGAGACCGAUUCAGUUUCAAGCUUCAACCCUGACAACGGAAAGGACAAGAAGCAUGAUACUGAUUUUGGAUUCGGGUUCGGAUUCGAUGACUUCAGCAUUAAACCUAUAAAAACGGGUUCCACCCUAUCAAAUGACUUCCUCCCUCCAAAGCUAUCUAUAUUUUCUGAUUCUGUCCCAAGCCCCCCUUCUAAUGCCAACGACGGUUUCACUGCAAAACCUUCCUUGUUUGCUGAUUCUGUCCCGAGCACUCCAGCAACAACCACUGCCUCUUACCCAGGCCAGAAAUCAUACUUCGAUGAGUCUGUUCCAAGCACUCCUGCCUACCCAGGAAACUUGUUUCCCGACCAGAAAUCAUACUUCGAUGACUCUGUUCCAAGCACUCCUGCUUAUCCUGGAAACUUAUUUCCCGAAAAGAAAUCCUUCUUCGAUGACUCUGUUCCAAGCACUCCUGCUUAUCCUGGAAACUUGUUUCCCGAAAAGAAAUCCCUCUUCGAUGACUCUGUCCCAAGCACUCCUGCUUAUAGCACGUCUGAUUUUGGUGGGAAGCCGUUUGCAUCAGAGACGCCUCGUUCAGACAACUUGUUCCCAGGAAGAAGUCCCUUCAUGUUCGACUCUGUCCCAAGCACGCCUGCUGCACACGAUGACUUCUCUUCCAACAGCUUCUCCCGGUUCGAUUCAUUCAACAACAACGACGCUUUCUCUCUAUCCCGCUCGGACUCCAUGCGCAGCACAAGCGAGCCAGACCCAUUCGCGUCCAGGUUUGAUUCUUUCAAUUAUCAAAGAUAUGAUUCCUUCAACGCACAAAGCUAUGACAACAACAACAACGCAUCAGAGACACCUAAAGCUUCGUUGACGAGGUUUGACUCAAUUGGAAGCACGAGAGACUCUGAUUACAGUAACGGGUUUGGGUUUGAUGACCAUGACCCUUUCGGUUCUACGGGACCAUUCAAGACAACGACAAGUACGGCUGAGACACCUCGGAGCUCUGAUCAUUGGAAUGCCUUCUAGCCCCCAAAGCUCAGUGUGGUACGAAUGAUCACAUAUAUAUCAAUAUAGUUUGCUUUUUUAUUUUUUUUUUGUUACAGUUCGAACGUACCCAGUUGGAAGAGUUCUGUGUAUUUGUUUGGUUUGCCCUCUGAUUACUUCCUCUUCGUUGUUAAAAGAUUUUUUUUUUGGUUUCCGAGUAGUGUUAUUUUCCUCUUUGCUCUUAUGUGUCCCUGUGGAAACAGAAGUUAAUAAUGUUAU